AUGCGCAUGGAGGAGGAGCAGGGGACAAGCACGGGCGCCGGUGGUUCCGUCCCGUCAGCGGAUGCGGGCGGGGAGGGAAACACUUCUCCGCAGCACGGCACGGAUCCUCCCUCGACGGACCAGGAGGAUAUCGACACCAUCAUUGAGGAGGUCGCCAAAGACGCCGAAGCCGAGGCCGCCAGGAUCGCGGCCGCUGCCGAGGAGGCUGCCAAGGCCGCUGCCGGGGAGGCCGCCAAGGGGCCUGCCGAGGAGGAGGUGGCCAAUAACCAACCUUCCUCCCCUGCAGCCCCCGCGCCGGCCAAGUACCUGAAGGUGGGCGACGAUCUGUUCGUCCGCCUCCCAGGGGCAGCAAUGACCAGAGCGCCUACCCAGGGGGAGGUCUUCGAUGAUGAAGCGCUCGCCACUGCUGGGCUCCAGGUCGUCGAUGAACCGAGCACCAGCAGCGGCGGCCCCCAAGAAGAGUAG